GGAGGAUCUUGAGGAUUGUUAUGUGUAAGACUGCGUCUUCCCCUCAGUUUACAGAGGAGCCCUCGGCAGCAGCUCCGGGCCCCAGCUCUGCCCCAGCCAAGGGGGAGUCGUCAGACAGCAGCCCUUGUCCGCCCCAUGUCAUGGCCCAGGUGCGCGUGCGGAACGUCCCAGAGCGGGAGCGCAUCGUUCGGGGCAUGCAGGACAGCAAGAGCCUGGACGAGAUCAGCCAGGCGUGCGGUGGAGGGGCCCGGGGUGGGGGCCGGGGGGGCCAGCCAGAGGGCCGCAGGGCCACCAUCUCCUCUGCCCUGGAGCUGGAGGGAACAGUUAGCCACGACGGGGACCUGACCCACUACAUCUGCCGCAACCUGGAGCAGAAGAUCAAGAUGAGCUCCAAGCCCAGUUUGGACUGUGACUGUGACUGUGAGUACCAGCACCGGGGGACCGCGGAGACCGGGAUGGGGGAUUGGAUAAUUAGUCACCAGGGUUGUAUUCAUUAGGUACCAAACUGGAAAGAAAAGGACUGAAACAGGGAGACCAUCUGAACUUGUCCAGUAAGACAUCUCCGUUUUCCAUUGCAAAACGUUUUGCUUACGAUGGGCCUGAAUACGACCCUGGUGAUCAGAGAAAUGCUGAUCCACAAAAUGCCUUUUCUGGUGUUAUUUCAGCGACGCGUCAGUGUUUGAAGUUGCAGUUGUAGGCUGAGUUCCAAAUCGAAUCAAUCUACCCUUUCCCUCUAAUCUACUGAUUAGAUUAGCACCUUCAGGAAGGGUGGGAUUACGGAUUACUCACACAGCAGUUUGUAUGAGGGAGGAGGAUUUGGUUUGCUUUGUAGACCGUCAGAUAACAUAGUCAUUUCCGGUGUGUGUUUUUCUUUAUUUCUUUCUUUCUUUCUGAGUCCAGCGGACUGUUCGGGUUCCAUCAGCAGUAGAGGUCGGGGGUCGUCGUUGCGGCGGCCGGCUGAUAUCCCUCCCAUCGACCCUGCUGUCUUGGUGGACUUGCAGAGACACACACAGGAAGUUGCCCACAGCGUGGAGCUAAUGAUGCGCAGCCUCAACGGAACCAUCCAGAACGUACGUGAGCUCAGUUUCUCCACACCACACACACACACAAAUGUUUCUGUAUUUAUUUCUGUAUUUAUUUGUAUUAUAUUUUUACUGCUCUAGGGUUAUUUAAUGCUUGCAUAACCUUCUCUACUAUUAUCUAUUGAUUUAUUUUUCAUUCUUUAUGCGGUGCGCGCUGCGCAGAACGUCGGAAGAAUUUUCACUGAACUAUCACUGUGAAUCAUUGUAAUGUUUGUUUGUGUCAAUUAAUCCCAUAAGUGAUGGGUUGCCAGCUGGCGAUUUGACACGAAAAUAAAAUGUCAUUCAUUUAUUAAUUCACACGUACUCACUCAAAUCAUUCUGAUCUCCCUUCCGUCUUUUUAGUUCUGCUCUGCUAUUGUAAUGCUCUUAUUGUAAGUUGCCCAGAGUUAGUGUCUGCUAUGCUAUAUACUGUAUGUCUUAAUCAAUGUGUGUGUGUGUCCAGAUGACAGCGCUGAGUGUGGGCUACAUCCAGACCUACAGAGACUCAGUGGACAGCCUGGGGGAGUCUGUGGACAUGAGCAUAAAGGUGAGAGAACAGAUAGCUUGGCCAGACGUGAAUGGAAGGAUGAGCACUGAAUACUGAUCGAUAGUCACAGAUGCUUCUUGUCAUAAGUAUAAUGUCCUGAUUGUAGCGCGUGUGUGUUCAUAGGGAAUGUACACGCUGAUGGCGCGCUGUGAGGAGCUGGACCGCUCCAUGCAGCCCAUCCACACUCUGGCCGCCCAGAUCCGGGACAUCAAGCGCACCCUGGAUGCCCUGGAGGCCAUCUGCAAGUAG